GACAGCGUUCUAUGCGCGCGCUGUCCCUUUGCGCGUUCCCGCGAAGCUGAGUCGCGUGAAGUGAAGCCCUUCACAGAAGACCGCUUAAUAGUUGACAUAUCUUCGACUGAAGCGAUGGCAACUGACUCGUGGGCUCUAGCUGUGGACGAACAAGAGUCUACCACCAAGACCAUUGGGAACUUGCGGAUUAUGGAAGCAGGGGAUGCAAAUUUACGUCAGACUGAUGAUGAUGGCAACAAAUCCGACGAGGAGGAAAAAGAGGACAGAGCCACACAGUCUCUCCUAAACAAGCUGAUCAGAAGCAAUGUGGUCAACAACACAAACCAAGUGGAGGUUCUCCAGAGGGACCCAAACUCGCCUCUUUAUUCAGUCAAGACCUUCGAAGAGCUGAGACUGAAACCGCAGUUGCUCAAAGGCGUCUAUGAAAUGGGCUUCAACAGACCUUCUAAAAUCCAAGAGAACGCCCUUCCCAUGAUGCUUGCCGAACCACCUCAGAAUCUGAUCGCUCAGUCUCAGUCUGGCACUGGUAAGACAGCUGCCUUCGUGCUGGCCAUGCUCAGUCAUGUGGACCUGAGCUUAAAAUGGCCUCAGUGUUUGUGCAUUUCUCCCACUUAUGAGCUCGCUCUGCAGACGGGUAAAGUCAUCGAGCAGAUGGGCAAGUUCUAUCCAGAAGUCAAACUGGCUUAUGCUGUUCGAGGACAUAAAAUGGAGCGUGGCGUUAAGAUCAAGGAGCAGAUCGUCAUCGGCACACCUGGGACGGUUCUGGACUGGUGCGUUAAGCUGAAGCUCAUCGACCCUAAAAAGAUCAAAGUGUUUGUUCUGGACGAGGCCGAUGUGAUGAUCGCCACGCAGGGACACCAGGACCAGAGCAUCCGCAUUCAGAGGAUGCUGCCCAAAGGCUGUCAGAUGUUACUCUUCUCUGCCACCUUCGAGGACUCCGUGUGGAAGUUUGCCGAGCGGGUCGUGCCAGAUCCCAACAUCAUCAAGCUUAAACGAGAAGAGGAGACCCUGGACACUAUCAAGCAGUACUAUGUGCUCUGCAACAGCAAGGAGGACAAGUUCACCGCACUCUGUAACAUCUACGGAGCUAUCACUAUCGCACAAGCUAUGAUCUUCUGUCAUACUCGAAAAACAGCCAACUGGCUUGCUGGCCAGCUGUCUAAAGAGGGCCACCAGGUGGCGCUGCUCAGUGGGGAAAUGGUAGUCGAGCAGAGAGCUGCAGUUAUUGAACGUUUCCGAGACGGCAAAGAAAAAGUUCUCAUCACUACUAAUGUCUGUGCAAGAGGUAUUGAUGUUGAGCAAGUGUCAGUGGUGAUCAACUUUGACCUUCCUCUGGACAAAGACGGCAAUCCGGAUAAUGAAACAUACCUCCAUCGGAUCGGCAGAACUGGUCGAUUUGGUAAAAGAGGGCUUGCCGUCAACAUGGUGGACAGUCAGCGCAGCAUGGAGAUUCUCAAGACAUAUGAGAGGCAUUUUAAUAAGAAAAUUGGUAGGCUGGACACAGAUGAUCUGGAUGAAAUUGAAAAAAUCGCCAACUGAAGUGAUGAGCAAAAUGCACUCUACAUUAUUUUCAUAAAAAUCAGUUCUGCUGUUACCUGGUCAGAUUUAAUGCUUGAAUAAUCUGCAUUACAAAGACAGUUGUUUACAUAAAUUAUCGAGUCAUAUUUAGUAAAAUAUGCUUUAACUUAAUGCCAAAUAGUUUUGAUUCUAAGCUUAUAGCUGUUACAGGACUUUUUGAAUCAGUUUGCAUUUGAACAGUGUAUUUUGAUUUUGAGGUGAGUUGCAGUGCUAAUUUGAUCUUGUUUACAGGAGAAGGUUUAGGCAUUUUCUAUUUGACUAAUGAAUAUCUUGCAUAGCUGUGAAGUAGACUGCUUUUUGGUCUUACGUUUGAAUGGAAUCGUAACAGACUUCAGUGUUUAUUCCAUCACAGUAUCUAAGAAAGAUAAAACUCAGUUAGGAAGAGAAUCUCUGAUAAAUACGGUUUACUACAAAAAAGACGCACAAAUGACACGGUGUCUUAAGACCAAUUCACGACACUAACAUUCCUCAAGACCAAGAGCACUUUAGAACAAAAGACAUUUUAUAAUGAGAAUUAUAUCGAAAAUCACAAGAGCAUUGUUUUGAUACGGAACAAUGCCAUUGUACUUGAACUGCAAAAAGCAUUUAAGCUUUUUGAAGGAGAGUUUGUUUUGUUCUGUUCAGAAAGGCCAAAUAUUACUUUGAGUUUUAGGUGAACUUUUCUGUUGCAGACAAUGCAGCACUUUUACAAAGCAUAAAGAGCUACUGAAGAUUGUUGUAUUGUAGCUAUAUUGUUAGCAAUGGCUGGGCUACUGUUUUGCGAAAUGCUAAAUUUAUUUUAGUUUGUUUACAUUUUUGCUGCUUAAAUUAAUGCGCCUUGUUUGACUGAAAGCCGUUUGAGAUUGCAUUUAGCUGCAGCAUUUCAGUUUCUUUUUUUGUACAUUUGCUGCAUUUAGGGUUUUAUAGUUGUUUCCUAUAUAUUCUUAUAAUAAUAAAACGACCAGUUGG